AUGCCGCUCCCAAAGCAGGCAUACCUCUCCUCCGUAUGGCAGCCCGACCUCUUCCGUGACAAAGUCGUCUUCUGCACCGGCGGGAACGGAUCGAUCUGUUCCGCGCAGGUGCGUGCGCUCGUCCACCUGGGCGCCAACGCCUGCAUCGUCGGGCGCAACGCGGAGAAGACAGUCUCCGUGGCCAAAGAUCUGGAGACGGCACGCGCGGGAAGUAAAGUCUUGGGAAUCGGCGGGAUCGACGUCCGAGAUGUCAAGAGCUUGGAGAAGGCCGUGGAUGAGUGCGUCAAGGUGUUGGGGGGCAUUGAUUUUCUAAUUGCUGGCGCAGCGGGCAACUUCCUGGCUCCGCUCUCCCAACUCUCCACCAACGCCUUCAAAACCGUCAUGGACAUUGACAUUCUGGGCUCCUAUAACAUCACCAAACUCUGCCUCCCGCACCUCGUCGCGUCGGCCAAAAAACACAAUUCGUCGUCCUCCCUACCAAAGGCCGAAUCUUCAGGACCGGGCGGCCGGAUCAUCUACGUGUCCGCCACCAUCCACUACACGGGUCUUCCCAUGCAGACCCAUGUCGCUGUUGCCAAAGCCGGUGUCGAUGCCCUGUCCGCAAACGUGGCGAUAGAAUACGGUCCCCUCGGCAUCACCAGUAACAUCAUUGCCCCCGGUCCAAUCGCAGGCACCGAGGGAAUGGACCGACUGUCCCAAAAGCACAAGAGGGGGGAUGAUCCGACGGGACAAACGGCCGGGAAAAGAAUCCCGUUGGGACGAUGGGGCACGAUCAAGGAAAUUGCAGACGCGACGGUCUAUCUGUUCAGCGACGCGGCGAACUAUGUCACGGGAGACACAUUGGUUGUUGACGGUGGCGCGUGGCACACCUCUGCCGGAUCACCUGGAGGAGACUUUAACUAUCCAGACUUCAUUUUGAGCGGAGCAGAGGUCACCGGGGUGGGCGGCAUGAGGAAAAAGGCGGGAUCGAAGCUGUAA